AUGGACGAACCAGAGCGAGCCCCCGUUAAACGAUCCCGUUUCGACCAGACAGAACCAGAGCCGAAGAAGUCUCGAUUUGACCGUCGUUCUCGAUCGCCACCCUCCCGGCGGGCUGAGGGUAGAGACCGCAGCCCUCUUUCGCGAGAUGGUGGCUCUGAGCCAAAGAAGCCCGCCGGCGAUGCAGCAGCAGCUGCAGCCGCUGCCGCUGCCAGAAUCAACGCCCAGCUCCAGGCCAAGAAGGGCAUCCAACAUGUCGAUGUCCCACCUAUCCGAUCAGAGGGCGCGCCAGCGGCCCAGCCGACAACAUCCUCCAGCAGCGCUUCUAACCCUCCACCUGUGUUGAAUGGCGACAUGUAUGUCGCAGACGGCGACUAUAUCCAGGACAUCGAAGUCAACGACUUGAGAAACCGAUACCUAGUGACCAAGGGGUCCACGCAGAAAAUGGUAAAUAUUUUUGAUAUCCCACUGAUUAUCCCAGCUCAUACACCCGCCUGGCCGGGUCUAUUGUUGACUUUUCAAGACGUUACCACUCGAGGGAGUUACUAUCCGAACAAGGCUCUUGCUACCGCAGCGAACCCUCCGCUGUAUCUUCACAUUACAAGCACCUCCAAGGAAGGCCUGGAGUUGGCUGUCCAAAAGGUCAAAGAACUUAUCCAGCAGGACCUCCCACAGCUCGUGGACGAUCGUCGUCUCCGUCGUAGAGACCAGGAACCAGUUGAGAAAGAUGAGUUUGGUCGUCGAAAAUGGAGGGUUGAAAAGGUGCCUAUUGACCUUGAACCCAUCCCAGGGUUCAACUUGCGCGCCCAAGUCGUCGGACAUGGCGGCGCUUAUGUCAAGCACAUCCAGCAGGAAACAAGCUGUCGGGUUCAGAUAAAGGGCCGUGGCUCGGGGUAUCUCGAGGCCGCUACUAACAAGGAGAGCGAUGAAGACAUGUAUCUCAACGUGACUGGCCCAGACUCUGAUAUGAUUGACAGGGCAAAGGAGCUUUGCGAGGACUUGAUUGCCAAUGUUAAAGAGCAGUAUGAAGAAUUCAAGGCCCGUCCACCUCGUCACCACGGAGGCCAUGGUGAGCAUAGAGAGCACAGGGGUCAUGGUGGCCAUGGGGGGCAUGGGGGCCACGGAGGCUAUGGCGGCCAUCAUGGUGGUCAUGGAGGCGGUUAUGGGGACCAAAAUCGCGGCUCCUCUAACAGCGGACAAUAUGGAUAUGGUCGAUAUGGUUCAGAAACUGCUUCAUCCAACAGCCCGGCACCCCCUGGCGUAACCAGCGCCACUACUUCAACCGACUAUGCUGCCCAGUAUGCGCAAUACUACGGUGGCCAAGACCCCUACGCCCCUUGGGGAGGCUAUCAGAACUAUGUUGCCUUGUACCAGCAAUACUAUGGUGCCCAAGGACAGGCCUCAGCUCAGGCACCUGGGCAAGCUGCUCCGGGAGCCCCUGGGCAGUCAGCCUCACCUCCUCCCCCACCGAGCGAGUCCGCUCCUCCACCACCUCCUCCCAGUGCGGCUCCGCCGCCACCUCCACCUUCAGGGUCACCAGGUGACAACCAGCAAUCCGAUCGAGGCCAUGAAACUGCGAAUAUGAGCCACCAAAGAUACCCAUCCCACGAUGCCGUGAAGGAGCCUCACGCAAUCUCCCUCAAGGUCCUGCGCCUCUCUCGCCCAUCCCUCGUCCCCCAGUACCCGUUCGAGUCGCCAGAGUCGCUCUCCACGGCCGGCAGCAUCAGUACCGCCUCCAAGCCCUCCAUCUCGCCGGCAUCGCUCGCCUACAGCUCGCACGGGGAGACCAACUCGGCCCCCUUCCUCCUCAGCCCCAUCGUCAACCUCCCCGUGAGCUUCGGCUCCGCCUACGUCGGGGAGACCUUCAGCUGCACGCUGUGCGCCAACAACGACCUCCCCGACGGCUCGGGCAAGAGCAUCCGCGACGUGCGCAUCGACGCGGAGAUGAAGACCCCCGCGGGCAUACGGGCGCAGAAGCUGGAGCUGUCGGGCGCGGCGACGGGACCGCUGGACCUGGCCGAGGGGGAGACGCUGCAGGGGGUGGUGACGUUCGACCUCAAGGAAGAAGGGAACCACGUGCUGGCGGUGACGGUGAGCUACUACGAGGCGUCGGACACGAGCGGGCGCACGAGGACGUUCCGGAAGCUGUACCAGUUCAUAUGCAAGCCGUCGCUCAUCGUGCGGACCAAGGUGAGCGCGCUGCCGGGCUUCAAGAAGGCCGCUGCUGCCGCGGGCGGCGAGGAGGACGAGGAGAGGAGCAGAUGGGUCCUGGAGGCGCAGCUGGAAAACUGCAGCGACGAGGUGAUGCAGCUCGAGAAGGUGGCCAUGGAGUGCGAGGCUGAGCUGGCAUACCGGGACUGCAACUGGAAGGUGAGUGGGAGCACGAAGCCGGUGCUGCAUCCCGGGGAGACGGAGCAGCUGUGCUUUGUUGUCAACGAGAAGGAGGACGGCGGCCGGGUCAAGGCUACGAGGGAUGGAAGGAUCAUCUUCGGGGUGCUGGGUAUUGGCUGGAGAGGGGAGAUGGGCAACCGAGGGUUUCUGUCAACGGGCAAGCUUGCGGCAAAGGCACAGGUUGAAGUGUGA